CUUGCCAAUGGCACUUCCAGCAUGAUUGUGCCCAAGCAAAGAAAACUCUCUGCGAGCUAUGAGAAGGAGAAGGAGCUCUGCGUCAAGUAUUUUGAACAGUGGUCCGAGUCUGACCAGGUGGAGUUUGUGGAGCACCUCAUCUCCCAGAUGUGUCACUACCAGCACGGGCAUAUCAACUCAUACCUCAAACCCAUGUUACAGCGGGACUUCAUCACCGCGCUGCCAGCUCGGGGAUUGGAUCACAUUGCUGAGAACAUUCUGUCCUACCUGGAUGCCAAGUCGUUGUGUGCUGCUGAGCUGGUGUGCAAGGAGUGGUACCGGGUGACGUCGGAUGGGAUGCUGUGGAAGAAGCUCAUCGAGAGGAUGGUCAGGACAGACUCCCUCUGGAGGGGCUUGUCGGAGAGGAGAGGAUGGGGACAAUAUCUAUUUAAAAAUAAACCUCCUGAUGGGACUGCGCCACCCAACUCUUUCUACAGAGCACUUUAUCCCAAAAUUAUACAGGACAUAGAGACAAUAGAGUCAAACUGGCGGUGUGGAAGGCACAGUUUACAGAGGAUCCACUGCCGAAGCGAGACAAGCAAAGGAGUUUAUUGUUUACAGUAUGAUGAUCAGAAGAUAGUAAGUGGCCUACGAGACAAUACUAUUAAGAUCUGGGAUAAGAAUACGUUGGAAUGCAAGCGAAUCCUCACUGGACACACGGGUUCUGUCCUGUGCCUCCAGUACGAUGAACGGGUGAUCAUUACUGGAUCUUCGGACUCAACGGUCAGGGUGUGGGAUGUGAACGCGGGCGAGAUGCUGAACACGCUGAUCCACCACUGCGAAGCGGUGCUGCACCUCCGCUUCAACAACGGCAUGAUGGUGACGUGCUCCAAAGACCGUUCCAUCGCCGUCUGGGACAUGGCUUCACCAACAGACAUCACCCUGAGGAGGGUGCUAGUAGGGCACCGGGCUGCCGUCAACGUAGUGGACUUUGAUGACAAGUACAUUGUGUCAGCGUCAGGUGACAGAACUAUCAAGGUAUGGAACACUAGUACCUGCGAAUUUGUGCGCACCUUAAAUGGCCACAAACGAGGCAUUGCCUGUCUGCAGUACAGAGACAGGCUAGUAGUGAGCGGCUCGUCAGAUAAUACCAUCAGGCUGUGGGAUAUCGAGUGUGGGGCGUGUUUACGAGUCCUGGAAGGCCACGAAGAGUUGGUGCGAUGCAUCCGCUUUGAUAACAAGAGGAUAGUCAGUGGAGCAUACGAUGGGAAAAUUAAAGUAUGGGAUCUUGUGGCUGCUUUGGACCCUCGUGCUCCAGCAGGGACCCUCUGCUUGCGAACCCUUGUGGAACAUUCUGGAAGAGUCUUUCGACUUCAGUUUGAUGAGUUCCAGAUCGUCAGCAGCUCACACGAUGACACCAUCCUCAUCUGGGAUUUUCUGAAUGACCCAGCUGCCCAAGCAGAAUCCACUCGUUCCCCGUCCAGAACAUACACCUACAUCUCAAGAUAAAUAACACUACACUGUACCUCACACUCGCACAGGACUCAUUUAAGCUGCAGUAUUUAAAUUAUCUGCCAAUGCCAGGACAAAAGAACUAUCCACGUAACCAAUACUUGCUGAAGAGAGAGGCUCUCAGACUUGUUUCUGGAACAAAGUUGGCAUGCGAUUGAUCUCAGACAGGGUCUACUCAGCGCGGCUGACUGCUAAAGUGCUGCUAUAUCAGAAGAUUACUUUUAUCUUUCAUGAACAGUUAACAUUUUUAAACCUUCCCAUCCCCUUUCCUCCCUUGUCCCCCUCUUCCUGUUCACUCCUCCUCCCUAUACCCCGUUUGGUUCCCCUCCAGCCCCAGUCACAGAUGUCCUAUGAAUAUAUUUAAGAUGUUGCCAGAAUGUGUUGCUUUGCUGUUAAGCAGAAGACUUAUAGCCACAGUGCACCCUGCUGAGAGAGUCCCU